UGAUUGGCCAAAAACGUGACCUUGAUCGACACGGCCACGCACAACAACAAUUCUGAGUUCUGAGCUCAGACUCCGAUUCAUCAUCCAAUUUCUUCGAUUUAUCAUUCAAAAUGUCGAGUUCGGGUACCAUAGACACGGACUGCAUGACAAUGACAAGAUAUGUGUUGGCAGAACAACGCAAACAUCCCAAAGCCACAGGCGAUUUGACGCAGUUAUUGAAUGCAAUUUUGACUGCGGUCAAAGCGGUGUCCUCAGCUGUGCGGAAAGCAGGCAUUUCACGCCUGUAUGGCAUGGCAGGUGAUGUCAACAUCCAGGGGGAGGAGGUGAAAAAGCUUGACGUCCUUGCCAAUGACAUGUUCAUCAAUAUGUUGAAGUCAUCCUUUACUACCUGUCUUCUUGUGUCGGAGGAGAAUGAAAAUGCCAUAGUAGUGGACUUAGACAAACAACAUGGUGGCACAGAUAAGGGCAAGUACAUUGUCUGUUUUGAUCCACUUGAUGGCUCAUCCAACAUUGACUGCCUAGUGUCGAUCGGUACAAUCUUUGGCAUUUAUAGAAAGACUUCAGAUGGCCAAGCAACUGAGAAAGAUGCACUUCAGACAGGUCGACAGCUGGUGACGGCUGGCUAUGCCCUCUACGGUAGUGCCACCAUGGUUGUGCUCUCCACUGGCUGUGAGGUGAAUGGAUUCAUGCUCGAUCCUUCUAUUGGCGAGUUCAUCUUGACAGAUGCUAACAUUAGAAUCCCGUCACGAGGCAAGCUCUACUCCCUGAAUGAAGGUUACGCCAAGGCUUGGGAUCCAGCCGUCGCAGAAUAUGUCAACUCUAAGAAAGACCCUGGGCCGGGUAAGAAACCUUAUGGUGCCAGAUACAUUGGUUCCAUGGUAGCUGACGUACAUAGGACACUCAAGUACGGAGGGAUAUUUAUGUACCCUGCUACUAAGGAAUCGCCUAAUGGCAAGCUCCGUCUUCUCUACGAAUGCGUCCCAAUGGCCUUCAUCAUCGAGAAGGCAGGUGGCAUGGCAACAAAUGGAAAAAUCCCCAUUUUAGACGUCCAACCGGAAUCGAUUCACCAGCGAAUGCCUAUUUUCCUGGGAUCCAAAGAUGAUGUGCAAGAUGUAAUAGAUUUAUACAAGAAACACAGCCAGGCAUGAGAUACAAGGUUAUGGACAAUUAAAUGGGAUGUGAUGCAAAGGACUUCUUGAAAUAUUUCUCAGAAUAUGAGAAUUUGAUUGAGGAGGUUGCAAUUUCGAAAAUAGUGCUAUAUUUCGAUUAAAUGAGGUUAUGAUAGAACAAAUAGGAAUUGUAUAGAAUGCAGUUUAGUAGAAAUUCUAUCUGAUGAUCUUGGCGUCUACUGAUAACUUUGUCGUCGGAAAAAGGUUGUCUAUAAUGUUAAACAUGUGUUGAUAAAUUAUACUAUCUGUUGGAGUACUGUAGUACAUGACAAUGUACAUGUUGUGCCAUAAUCCUAAUAGUACCACUACUAAUAAUCAAUCUAAUCAUGAUACUAUAAUUAAAAUAUUUAUGGUGGUACUGGGUUGUCUAAAUUUGUAAGCUUGUUUGUAUAUUUCAGUACUGCCAUGGUUGCAAUAUAUCUCUUUUCUUCAGGCUUCCUUGCGGUACCCAGCAGCCAACUGUUACAAUGUUCCAAAAUUACGGUCUAUGAUAGUUAUUUCUCAAUAAAGGUGAUUAGUGACUUAUUUAGUUAAAA